CGCACUCCCUGCUUUCCCCCUGACAAGCGCACUGAGCGAUGUGUAUGUCACGUGGCCGUAAGAACGCGGCCAUAUUGCUAUUGGGCAAUUUUAUGUCUAGUGUCUGUGAAGCCGCCCCGCUGGAAGGUAUGAGUUGCUCAGACAUGGGAAGGAUGGAGCAUGAUCUGCUUAAGGCCGCUAAUGCUGAGCUGGAGAGAAGGCAGUUAGAAGCUGCAGAAGAGCUCUACGGACGAGUGAUUGACAAUUGUCAUCAGGGGAGCCAAUGCAGCCCUGAGGAUCUUGCCGUUGCUUUCAAUAAUAGGGGACAAAUCAAAUAUUUCCGAGUUGACUUCUACGAGGCGAUGGAUGAUUACACAGAGGCCAUACAAAUCAAGCCAAGCUUCGAGGUGCCAUAUUACAACAGAGGGUUAAUUUUGUAUCGCUUAGGUUAUUUUGACGAAGCCGUUAAGGAUUUUCAGAAGGUGCUGGCCUUAAAUCCAGAGUUCAAGGAUGCUCAGAGAAGUUUGCAGCAAAGUCUUCAGGACAAAGAAGAGAAGAUGAGGCGGAUGGCCAACCUUUCCGAAGACUGUGCAGUAUAAUGGAUUGUAAGACAAGACAACCAGGGCGAUGAAGUUUAUAAACUGACUGCGAUGCAUUCUAAUCUUGUUUUAGUCCCAAGAUUGCCUGGGAUAUGGAUAAAGUGAUUGAGCCUUCUAUGGCUGAAAAUUAUACGGACACAAUUAAUGACUAAUUAAUUAUGAUAUACAGUAAUCAACAGCACAUGCUUUGAUGGGUUUUUCUCCCUGAGUAAACCUUGUGUACUCCUUUUAUGCAAAAGUUGAUUUCUCUAGAGCCUGUCAUGGCUGCCCCCACACACGUCUAGGAUAAUCUGCACCGUUAUGUUUUACUGAAAAUGUAUUUUAGACAGAUUAUAUUACUCCUUUUUACAAUUGAAUGGACAAUUUAAGACCUCUGAUACAUAGAGUAUAAGUUUAAUGUUGGGAUGCACCGAAUCCAGGAUUCGGCCAGGAUUCGGCCUUUUUAAGCAGGAUUCGGAUUCGUCCGAAUCCUUCUGCCCGGUAUAUGCAAAUUAGGGGCGGGAAGGAAAUCAAGGGACUUUUUGUCACAAAACAAGGAAGUAAAGAAUGUUUUCUCCUUCCCACCCCUAAUUUGCAUAUGCAAAUAAGGAUUUGGUUCGGUAUUCGGUCGAAUCUUUCGUGAAGCGUUCAGCCCAAUCCAAAAUAGUGGAUUCGGUGCAUUCCUAGUAAAUAUCUGUACCUGAGAGAUAAAUAUGGAUGCAGUCUA